AUGACCGCAGAAUUCACAGAAGUAGCUAAAAAGAUCUGUACCGUUUGGCUCUUCACAAUCACAGAGACAGAACCAACUAUUGUUACAACAGAGGAAGGAACGAAACCAACAGAAGGAGUACUAUCAACAACACCCCUAAUAACAUCAUCAUUGGAAUCAGGAACAACAACAAAAUCAAAUCUAGAAGAUCAAGCAACGACGCAAAGAGGAACAACGGCGACAGUGGAGAAAAACACAGUACCUGAAGAAAGAAAAACAACAAAACUUGCAACAGAACUAGGGCCAGUAGAAAUAUCGACUUUAUCGAAGGGGACAAGAACAACAACAUAUGCUGCACAAAUAUCAAUGACAACAAAAGGAGAGACAUUAAUAACGACACAAUCAAAGACAACAUUCUUAGGAACAGAUCCAACCUCAACAGGAACAACGGCAACAACAGAAGAAAAAGAUGUACCAUCAACGAUAGCAGUGGCGGGAUCAUCAUUAUCAUUAUCAACGACAGACUUAAAAACAGCAUUACCAACCAAAGAAACAACCACAGAAACAGCAUCAAGGUUUAAAUCAACAGAAACUUUAUCAAUGACACAAAAUACCGAAACAACGUUAAGAUCAACAACGAGUACAACACCAAAUGAAAAAGUCACAGGGAUAGUAGAAGAUACCUGGACAGCAGCAGCUACAGAAGUAGGGAUACAAUCAACAACAAAAGAUGUGCAGUCGUCUGAUAUAGGAACAACAACAAGAUUAUCGGUGACAGAAGAAACAACACCUUCAAAAGCAGAAUCAGGAAAAACAACAACAGGAAAGAUUUUGAUGAGAAAUGAAACAGGAGCAACUCUGAAUGAAGGGACAAGUAACAAAUCAACACCUAUAGCAGUAGAAACCAUUUCCACAACCAAAUCAUUAGACAUAUCAAUGGCAAAAGGUUUCCAACCACCUACAACAGAUGUCCAUUCAACAACCUUUCAAGCAGGGGUUCAAGAGACCUUGCAAAGAACAACAGCAACUAUAGUAUCUACACCAGCAGAAAAAUUAGCGAUUAAAAAUAUUUCAACUACGAAUACAGCAGAUGCAACACUGCAUGUAGAACCAACCACAACUACCACAACACCGAAGACGGACACAACAAUGACAUCAGGUUCUACAAAGUUUACCACGCAUACUGAAAGAACAUUGCAAACAGGAUCAACAGUUGUACAGGAAGAAAUAGGAAGAGCAACAAAAACACCACCUUCAUUUACAGAAGGAAUAUCGUCAUCGGAAUCAAUAUUUAUUGAAACAGAAACAAAGACAUCUUUAGGAACACCAAAUGUAAAGGGAGAAUCAGGAACAACAGAAACAUCAACAGAAAUUUUACUACACACAACAGCAGAAAGAAUACCAUCAUCAACCACAGGAACAACACUUAUCAUGACAGAUGAAAGAACAAAUCAAGCUACUUCAGAAGAAACAACAACACUUUCAAAAUUAGAUGCAGGAACAACCGUAAUUAGAACAGAAACACUGUCACCAGUCACUGCAGCGAAAGCAACACUGCAAAUAGAAAAAUUAUCGACACGAAUAUCACCAGUGACUAUUUCAACAUCAAAAGAGAUAGAAAAAACCCAGACAGCGUUGCUCACAAUGGAUACUGAAAUACCAGCAUUCCAAACAGAAUCAAUAUCAACAAUCUCACUAGAAAAAACAGAUAUGACAGCAAAAUCCAUGUCAAUGUCAUCAGCAGAAAGGAUAGACUUAUCGUCUGACAAAUCUACUCUUAUCACAACAAAGUCAAUAACUUUGACAGAAGAAAGACCAACAACUUCAGCAGCAACAAAAGUAAGAACAGCACUUUCGGUAACAACAGGAACAACAACAGAAAAGCAAUCACCUGUAUCAACAGAAAAAAUAACAUCAUCUGAAAAAUCAUUACAUAUCGUUACAGACACAGCGAUAACAAAUCCAGCAACAACAGAUGUAAAAACAAUCUCAAAAGGAGAACCAGGGAUAACAUUACCAACAUUAGAAACAACAUCACCUACAACAGCAAAAAAUACUGAAUCAACACCAAUUGCAACACAGGUAGAAACAGAGAUUCUAGCAACAACAGAAAUAAAAACAACACCUUCAACAGCAAAAUUUGAAACAACAACAUCAACAAUAUUCCCUACAACAACAGAAAGAAAAACAUCAGCAGAAUUAACAUUUACUGCAAUAGAUGCAACAACUCCAACAGAAGGUAAAACACUUUUGAAAUUAGGAACAACAUCGGAGACAAUAUUACUAACACCAGAAGAAAGAAUAACAAAAUCAACAGUUAUCCCAACAGAAACAAUGACAACUCCAGUGACAACAGAAUCAAAAAUAACAAUUUCUCAAAGUGAACCAGGAACAACAGCAGCAGCAAUAAUAGAAAAUGUUCCAAAUGUCACUGCGGAAGGAGAAGCACUGCACUUAGAAACAAUGACAACCCAAGAAUCCGCUGCUAUGAUGCUAGAAAGUAUUUCAGUAGCAAAAGAGACAGAAACAAAAAUGACAACAGGAUCAACAAUGCCUACGACAGAAGCUAUACCAGAAGCUUUUCAAACGGAACCCAGAUCAGCAAUUGUACAAGAAAAAACAGAAAGAACAACAGAAACAAUAUCUACAGCUGCAGAAAAAUUCACAUCAUCAACUCCAAAAUCAACAUUUAUUGACAUGGAGGCAACAACAGUUACAGCAACCAAAGAAGCAAAAAGAACAGAUUCAAAAGGAGAAUCAGAACCAGUAGGAGAAACAACAGAAACACAUACAAUAACGAAAAUAUUACCAUCACCAACAGCAAAAUCAACAUUUAUUGCAACAGAAAUAAAAACAAAUCCUGUAUCAACAGAAGAAUUAGGAGCAACAAUUACCAUGAAAAGCAUCUCUUCUGCAAAUGUAGCAAGCGUAACACAGGAUGAUGAAAGAAUAUUCACCCAGGAAUUCACACCGCAGGUUAUCUCAACAACCUUAAAAGAUACAGAGAUAGGAGUAACCGGGCCCACAAAUACAAUGAAAGAAACAAUAUCAACAGCAGAGAAUCAGGACUAA